AUGGACAUUGGCACAAAUCGUGAGUCUAUUGAUGCGGCUUUUAAGGAGCAGGAACGUGGUAGACUUACCCACAUCAUUAACCAGUGGAAUUCCAAAAGACUCGACCUAUUUGAAAUCAGCCAGCCAGAUCAGGACCUGAAGUACUACGGUGUGAUGAGAUUUUACUGGGAGGACCAGGUAGCAGGAAAUGUUGCCACCAAGUGCCUGCGUGUCAGUUGCACCGACACUACCCAGGAGGUUACUGGGACACUGCUGGAGAAAUUCCGACCAGACAUGAAACUUAAAGUGGACUCCUUCUCUUUGUAUGAGGUCCACAUCAACAAAGGUGAAAGACUACUAGAGCUGAAGGAGAAGCCACUGCUUGUGCAACUCAGCUGGAUUCAAAACAACUGUGAGGGACGAUUUGUCCUGAGGAACACCAAGACCUCACCUCAGAAUACUGAAGAAGUGAAGAAAGAGAAAACAGGUGUCAUCCAGAAUUUCAAGAGGACACUGUCCAAGAAAGACAAAAAAGACAAAAAAAGAGACAAUUCUGUUGGUGACAACAAAAAUGGAAAAGAGAAUGGGCCUCCGGAAGCCAGGGCCCAUGCAGGUCAGACCAAGCAGGCCAGUCUCCCCAAAACAAAGAGAAUGGAUGAAGAAGCAUUCCUGGUUGCAAUAGUGAGCUACACCAGCUCCACUGUGCACUUCCCCCUAUCCCCAGCCUACGCCUUCUACCUGGUCGCUCGCUCUCUGCUCGGUGGUACUCAUGACAGUGUGCAUCACAUUGCCACCAUUACAAACAAAAUGGUGGCCAUGAUAGAUACUGUAAUUGAGAAACACAGGACCAUUGCUGUGUCUUUGGCCUUCUGGAUGGCCAACGCGUCCGAGCUGCUGAACUUCCUGAGGCAGGACCGAGACCUGAACCCCCUUACCAGGCCAACCCAGAAAACUCUGGCUCAGCUAGUACACCACUCCUUCAGAUACUUAUCCCAGCGUCUGCAGAAGGACCUCGAGAGACACAUGCCAUCUUUCUUGACUGAUGCAAAGGACCAGACAACCAAGCCUUCAGCAAUAGAGGGAGUGCUGAACGGUCUGGUGCGAGCCAUGAGCCUGUUGCGCAGGUGCCGUGUGAACGCGGCCUUCAGCAUCCAGCUCUUCUCCCAGCUGCUGCACUUCAUCAGCGGCUGGCUGGUCAACUGGCUGCUGGGCUCGGGGCCGGCGCUGAGGGGGCACCACCGGAGGUCUCCGCUGUGGCUGGAGACCAUGCGCCAGCGGCUUGCCCUCGUCUCAGCCUGGGCCGAGAGGCAGGGCUUGGAGCUGGCAGCGGACUGUCACCUGAGUCUUGUUAUGCAGGCCAUAACUCUCCUGAGCAUGAAUGCACACACCAUGCAGGACACCAAGAGGGUCCACGAAGCCUGUUUCAAACUGAACUCCCUACAGAUACGCACUCUGAGUGCCAAUAUGCCUACCAUACCACCGGGUAUGAUCGAUAACCUGGUCUCUAUGGCAGAGAUCACCACAGAUAACAUGCUGAAGAGAGAGGGGUGGGAGAUUCGGCUGGAGGUGGAUGUUGACCUCCGCUUGCCUUUCCUCCUGCCCGAGGACGGUUACACCUGUGACAGCAUGCAGGGCAUCCCACAUGGCUUCCGGGACUUUCUGGAGCCCAUCUGCCACAAAGGCUUCUGUUCUCUGAUGUUUCAUCCCCUCUCGUCUGGCACUUGGACUGUCUUCUUCAGCCGAACAGACUCUGUGUCCUCUGGCUCCUCAAACUUGUGUCACGAAACGAACAGCACUGAACUGAUGAAACCUGAUGUGACGAUGAUUGCUCUUAAGAAACCAUUGCAUCGUGGACUUGGCCUCAGCAUAGUCGCUGCCAAGGGAGCUGGACACAACAAGCUGGGGAUCUUUAUCAAGUCCAUUGUGAGGGGUGGAGCAGCACAUGUGGAUGGCCGUCUGACAACAGGAGACCAGCUUCUCUCUGUGAAUGGACAGAGUCUAGUGGGCCUCUCCCAGGAGAAGGCAGCAGACAUCUUGUUGCACAGCAGCUCUGUGGUGAACCUGGAGGUGGUGAAGUCGGCAGCAGUGUUCUAUGGACUGGACGACAUGUUAAUCGAGCCCCCUGCAGUCACGACCAGAGCUGAAACAACAGAGCACAUCAGCCCCUGCAAAAAGCUGAUGGGGAUGAGGGGAGACCCCAAAGCUGCAGUGCUCAUGAGGAACAGAUGGGAGUACCGCUCUAACCCCAACUUGGCUUAUCCUCACAGCGACUCCUGUGAGAUGUCAGUUGACCCAGUCACCCCAGCCAAUAAGAUCACAUCAAUUUCCACAGGCAAUUUACUGGAGGAGCCUGGCUUCCCCCCCUGCCCUCCUGAGCCUGUGUGGGGACACCAGAGGGACUACCUCACCCUGCCGACACCCAGAUCUCACAGCACAAGAGAGCCUGAACAGACCCUCUGCACAGCGCCUCCAGACAGACCUACUGGGGUGAACACUAUGAGACACGCUCGGUCACAGGAGAACUUAUGUGAGGAGAGACGAUCUCCGUCCGUUCUAGACAAAUCACAGAUCUGGAAGAGCCAGUAUGAUCUUGCCAAACAACAGACCGCAAGCCAAUCCAUCGCCAUCCCUGUGCAAUCACACUUCAGCACAAUGACCAGAGCCAGCCACCAAGGCCAGUGGAGGGCCUCUCAAACGGGCACACUCAUGAAGACAUCCCAGCCCACGCGCAUCGACGUCCCAGCCUCCCCGUCGCACGGACUCUCCUUCGUGACCUUCCGACCGCCGGCGGCUUCUCCGGCGGCAGACCAGAGCCACAGCGGCUCUCACGCUCUGCUCAGAACCCCGCCGCACGCUGUGCUGCUCCAGGACCGUCCGACUCCGGGCCAACACCGGCCCGCUCCGGUCCCGGCCUGCUCCACGCUGCCUCGCCCUCGCCUCGCCUCUAUCUCCGCGCAACAGCAGAGGCUCUCCGUCAGACCCCAGACCUCAAUUCUCAGGCCAGCCUCCACUCCACCGGCCCCAAAAGGGUCCCCAAGCCAGGCCCUCACUUCCCCACACGGUCUCGGCUCCGCCCCUGCUAGCAGGCACACGCGGCCGCCUGCGGGUCUGACCGCCGAGUCGCCCGCCGGAAGCGGCCUCUGGCUCGACCCGUGGCGCAGGGAGGAGCGGGAGCGCCUGCAGAAGCAGUUCCGCCACCAGGCGGUGGACCAGCUGGAGCAGGAGGUGCUGCAGCUGCAGGGCAAGGUGCAGCGCACCCUGGAGGAGAGCGAGCGCCUGCGCAGGCUCUCGCUGGAGUGGCAGUUCCAGAAGCGGCUGCAGGAGUUCCAGCAGAGCGAGAGCGACGAGGACGGCGACGUGGACAUCGGGGAGCACGAGCGGCGGCAGGAGGAGAGGAGGACAGUGGUGGAGCCAAUGGAACACAGCAUCAACCAGCUGCAGGGUAAAGGUCAUGAGGAGGAAGCAGAGGUCAAGAGCCAGCUUAAAGGAGAGGUCAAAGGUGAGAACGCAGAAGGAGACUUCGAUCAAGUGAAGGCACCUGAGAAGCUGUCCUUUAAGGAGCGCCAGAAGCUCUUUGCUUUAGCUGUGAGCUCCUGA